CAUGAUACUGACGUGUGUGUUGGCCCCUCCAAACAUCGUCCUAGCGUGGGCAGUGGCUCGUGACUUUGGUUACCUGCAAUUCAGGAUCGUGGGAGCCUCAGAAUUUCUACAGCAUCUUUAUGCCCAAGCUUCAAUAUUUUCCUGUGCAUUGAAAUUUGAUGUUCAAGUAACGGUGAGCAUGGUAGUCCUGGUAUUGAGGAAGGGCACCAGUUUGAACGUCCUAGAACAGGUUGUGCUCGGGGUCGGAAUCCCAUACUCGAUUCUCUGGAAUAUACUCGGCUCUGUUGUGGUGAGUAGACAGUAGUACUGUUAUCAGGGUUGCCAACUAUCACGGCGU